AACGGUUUUGAAGGGUACAGCUUUAGUUUGAUUACUCAUCCAACAUCCCUGAGACAAACAUAUUCCAUAUAGUUUUCAUACUCUCGGGCUUUAACUUAUUCGAAAAACUGAACUACAGCAUUACUCUUCCUCUGCUUACACUCGUUGUGGGUCUUUUCUCUCGCCGCCGCUAAGCCCUUCUAAGCCUCUUUUACGUUGAUAUCGAGUUACCGAAAUGAAGAGUCUGAUAUGGGCUACUGCAGAAGACAUGGCAAGAAAUCGUGGACGUGUUCUUUCCUUGUAUAGGCAGAUUCUGCGAAGCCUCAACUCUCCCAAACUGGAAAUUGGUUUGGCAGCAAGGCUUGCAAAGAAGGCUGAGGCUCGUGCCAUCUUUAUGUCGGGAUCUGAAGAGCGAUCUAUUCACAACAUUGAAGAUCUCAUUGACACAGCUGAGCAUGCGCUUUCUCUCUUGAAGGAGGGUAAAAUCCCCAAACGCAUGUAAUGAAUAAGUUUAUAAUUCAUUUAUUUGCAAUAGAUUUAAAUGGUUGCUUUAUAUUGUAUUCAUAACAUAAGAAUUGUCGUGUAUGAAAUGCUAUGUUACCUUAUCAAUCCAAAUCUUUGUUAGCCCCAUAUCAUUAGUGUUCAAGAGCCUCCUUUUUGUGGCUAUUGUUUGGUGUGAGACAUUUUGUGUAUCAUUCGAAAAUUUUAUAAUGGAAAUGCUACAUUUUAC